AGAUCAGGAGCUAAGAUGACUUUCUACGAUGACAUUUACCCAUUCUACCCUCUACAAAGGACUUCCUUCAUCUUCAGCGGCCGCUUGUUCACCAUUAUCCUGGUGUUCCUUGUGCUCGCAGUGAGUCUUCUCCUCAUUCUGCCGGGGAUACGAGGGAAGUCGAGGCUGUUCUGGAUGUUUAGAAUAAUCAUCAGCUUGUUCAUAGGUGCAGUGAUAGUGGCUCUCAACUUUACUAACGACUGGGCCGAGGCCAGGAUGACCACGACUGCCACUUACAAGUCUUUCAGCAACGCCGUGGUCAACGCUGAGAUCGGCCUGCAUGUCGGACUCUACGGCAUCAACGUCACGCUGAAGGGAAAUCCUGUUGUGCAGUUCAACGAGACCAUCGACUACAAUGAGAUGUUCAGCUGGCACGACACCAUCGAGGAAGAGUACGAGGAAGCACUGGAGAAAGGUUUACCCAAUCCCAUCCUGUAUAUCGCUGAGAAAUUCACCCUCGGCAGCCCGUGUGGACUCAUCUUCCAGUACAGAUACUCUGGACGAUACGCCUCCGCGACCCUCUGGACUGCGUUUUGCUGCUGGAUGCUUGCCAAUAUCCUGUUCUCCAUGCCGGUCAUCCUGUACGCUGGCUACAUGAUGAUGGCGACGGCCGCCUUCAUCUUCUUCUCCAUGGCCUCCUUCUCCACCAUCAUGAAUGUGCCACAGUGUGUCUUCUCCAUAGGAACCGACUCCUUCGAAACAGAGUACAGCCACUCGUUCUGGCUUGCUCUGGCCACAGGUGUCCUGUGCACCAUCAUUGGGAUCCUGGUGGUGGUGUUUGACUUCAUGAUACCAGAGAAGAUGAAGGAGGCUUUCAGCGGCGGCGCCGACGGUGAUGAAGAUGAGGAUGUUACUGACGAGGAGGGAUACCUAAAUUCAGUUUUUCUUGAAGGAGUGACAAUUUCCACAUCAAAAUUCAGCAUGGUAGUUUUUGCGUAA